AUGAAGAGCUGUGAGCACUGCAUGUCGGCGGCGACGACGUAUUGCGAAUCAGACCGAGCCUGUUUGUGCUGGCACUGCGACGCUAAAGUUCACGGAGCCAAUUUCCUUGUGGCGAGACACGUGAGGUAUCUUCUUUGUCACGUCUGCCAGUCUCGAACUACCUGGAGAGCCGCCGGUUUCAAGCUCGGCCGUGCGGUCUCCGAAUGUGAGACCUGCGUCAAAGGCGGCGACCAAGAAGAGAGCCAAGCAGAAAACGACGACGAAGACGAAGAGGAUAAUCACGUGCUGCGACGGUGUACGAUAUCAAAUACACCUCCGUCGGCCGCCAGAUCAUCUAGUAGCGUGGAUUCUUCUCGUACCGAAGCAGAGGUCGACCUAUGUUACUUAUCAGCUAAACAGACGCAUGGUCACAGCAGGCAUUCGGCAAUUCGCUGCAGACUCGAAGAGGAAGCCGAUUCGUUUGACUCAGUCCCAGUCUGA